AUGUUGGCGGUUGAGGCCUUGGACUCAAACUGUUUUGACCUUCUUACUUCUUUCCUGUAUCUCAAUGAAUUGCCGGUGCUCCGGCUGGUAUGCCGUUCAUUCGCCAGCCGGCUGGGCGAUCCUAAGAUAUUUGCGUUCGAUGUUCGUCAAUCGCAAGCAUUCCUGUUCCCGGGUCAGUGGUACGACGAGCGUGAUGUUUGUUGCACGCGUAUAUCGCCGUGCGAAACGGAAAUAGAACACUGGCAAGGCCAAAGAGUUUUGGAUGAAGGAACAGUGGUUAACGAAAAACAAAGUCAGCUGGCCGCAUGGCCCCAUUGUGGGUCGGAAGCAUCGAGCUGUGCAGCAGCUCUCGGGUCUUCUGAAGAGGCGAAUACCCGGGUCUCAAUCGAACACAGUGACUGUGGCGGUUGGGACCAGGAAGGUGAUUCGGUUUCUGCGAAGCGACGCCGGCAAGCGCCAAGCUUCUUGAACGCGUAUUUGUCUGUUCGUCCGUGUGGCCUAAGACAGCUAUCACUGCACUGGAGCGGGGGAGUUUCGCGGUUCUUGUGCGCUACGUUCAGAAGACUCCUCACCGCCGCAGCACCGACACUGGAGCAUUUGUCGACUUUUGGCUCGUCCUUGGCUAUGUGGAGAUCUGUCUGGCCUCUAGAACUCGCCUUCCCUCGACUAACGCGGUUGGAUAUUACCAACGAUUGUGGGACUUCCCAUGUAAGAUACUACCAAGAUUGUUUGGAUUGGCAUUUCCUUACUCGAUGCGAAUUCCCGGCCUGCAAAGAGCUACGCUGGUUUGAUUCCUUCGAGUGGGAUGACGAUGACGACGAAGUUCUUUGGCACGAAAUCGUGUACCACCAAUUGAAAUUUCUCUUCUCCUUACUGUCCUCCAUGGAUGAACUUCGACGCCUGGCCUUCACAGCUGACUCACGCUACACAAUAACUCAGGUUCUUGUGUACUUUGCCUCACGGCCGUCUUGCGCUGUUGAGGAAUUGGAAAUCGUUCCAGCGAUCCGUAACUGCGAAGCGCUAGACCGUGACUGGCUGCUGCCUGAUACCUUCUUCGGCAAUUCAAUGCUUGACGGGAUGUCGAAGAUUCAAUCUGUGCGCCAGAUUCGUUUUGUCUUGAACGAAUGCGACCUCUGCGAGUUUAUCCAAACAGGCAUUCUUGCCCUCGUGAAACGUAUGUGUCCUAGAGGGGAUCUGUUUCUCGGAGGAACUGUUUGUUUAAACAUGUGCGAGAAGGAAAUAGAAGGAUGGUGUGGUGCUCGGAGUCGUUGUCAUGGGCUGCUCCAAAGAACGUGUUGUGAACAUUCCCUCUAUCAGUGUGCCACUUCAGAUCAAAUUAAGAAGUUCAUUCAGGGUCAAAGUAUUACAGAGUUUAAUUUCAAGGCCAUACGAGGGGACUCUCCAACAUCUGUCACUGUGUCCAUUUCUCGUCCUGGAGUUAGGUACCCCUUGACUCCGGAGUCUACGUCGCCCCAGUGUCCUACGUCCAUUCCUCCGACUGUCUCACUUGAGGUUGCUCGGCCUCUGCCCAGACUCUCUUCUUGCCUCUCCCAGCACAUCCAAGAUAUUACACGACUCAUUCCUGGAAUCUUGUUACGGCUCGAAGGAGACAGACGCUAUAUGGAUCAAAUUGUCAAUCUGCCAGGUUUUUCGCGGAACCUGGUCGGUCUAGAGAUCGGUCUUAGCGGUGGACAACCCAGCGCACCCGCUGAGGAGCUCCUGGCACUCGCUUCCAGAUACGGACGUUGGCAAGCUAGAGUUAUCAGGCUGUAUGAUAUAAGGAAGGGGAGAACGAGUGCCGGUUCGCGGACGAACAGUCAAGGUGCUCUUGGGCGCUUUCUGGAUUCACUGCUGCAUGACGCAUGCCCUAAUGUAUCUGUCAUUGAGUACCGACUAGUUGGACCUGCUUCGUGGCAGAGGGAAUGCGGCGUUCAGCGAGGCAUACCGGCCCUCUCGGAAAAUAUGCUGCCUGGGUUUACGCUCCAUCAGCGGCUAGAUUACCAAGUCGACGGUGGAGCGGAAGCGAUCCGGGUAGGCAGGACAACUGGUCACGUCACAGUUCUCGUCUAUCGCAGAAGUGAGCGCCACGGUGCCAUGUUUGUGAGUCGAAGUUGUUUUUCGUGA